UUGAUCCAAUCUCAUCUCAAAAAAAAAAAAAAAGCUCUGUCUUGAUCCUUCUCGAAGAAAACCCAAGCCAGUCAUCCUCUCCGGCCGACGCCACACGCCGGCUUUCCUCGCUCGCCGGCCGGAGCUCGAGCACCCAUCCUCCCCCAACGCGUAGGCUGCGUUGUCCUUGUCCAUUUCCUGCCUAUCCGUAACCUCCCGGCCUCCCCUAGGCCGGCGCGGAGAUCCAGCUCGGGCGCGGUGUGGGGAGCCUAAGCCUCGACCUCCAGAGUGAGCACGACGUCGGGCACGAAGGCGGCGGCAGCAGAAGUUGAGGGAAAGAGAAGCUGUCAUGGCAGCAAUGAACAAUGAUCUGGGAGGAUUGUCAGGCAGGCCUACUACUGCACAGGCAAAUCCUUUUGAAAGUGCUUUGUAUGGAGCUGGACCUGGACUCAUACGAACUGGACUAGGAGCGUAUGGUGAGAAGUUUCUAGGUUCAAGCUCUGAGUUUAUGCAAAGCAAUAUCACCCAAUAUUUGUCCAAUCCGCAAUAUUACUUUCAAGUCAACAACCAGUAUGUGAGGAACAAGCUGAAGGUUGUCUUGUUUCCUUUCCUGCAUCGGGGACACUGGACUAGGAUAACUGAGCCAGUAGGGGGAAGACUUUCAUACAAACCUCCAGUCCAAGACAUCAAUGCUCCAGAUCUGUACAUCCCUUUGAUGGCUUUUGCCACCUACAUUGUAAUCGCUGGAUAUGCCUUGGGUGUUCUUGGAAGGUUUACCCCAGAGACAUUGACUCUACAGUUCACAAAAGGGUUGCUUGGUUGGUUUUUCCAAGUCAUCCUCAUCAAAGGUCUGCUGUACUCACUGGGAAGUGGAGAGUCACCAUUGCUGGACAUUGUGGCAUAUGCUGGGUAUGGAUUUGCUGGUACCUCACUUGCAAUGCUUGUCCGCAUCUUCUGGAGCUACUCGUACUAUUUUGUGCUGCCGUGGUUCUGUAUCUGCACCGGGGUGUUCCUGGUCAAGACGAUGAAGAGGGUUCUUCUAGGUGCAGCAAGGAGCUAUGAGAGGCAUCCUAGCAGGAACCACUACUUUCUUCUAUUCCUCGCGGUUGUCCAAUUCCCUAUGCUUUUCUGGCUAGGCAACCUCAGCGGCUAAUGUUUCAGCUGCAUCUCAAAACUGGAAUGAUAUCGUCUGUAGUAGUAUCUUCUACAGCUCACGCUCCUCUGGGAGUGGUACAUUUCUUGAUAAAGGUCCGAUGACAAAUGCAAUCAUCAUUGGUUACCCUAUUGGCCUGCAGAAGAUGUGGUUUCCACGAGAUCCAGGUUUAGCUCAAGACAAAGGGACAAAAGGAUUUUUAAUGGACUGUAUAGUUUACAGAGCUGAUCUUCACUGGUAAUAUUUGAAUCGUCUUCUGACAUUUUCGCAUC